UUUCCAUCUACCACGACCAGCAUGGACCGAUACACGAUCGACCGCGUGCUAGCGCCCGCACUGUACGGUGACGUCGUCUUGGCUCGCGACGCCGUCACCGGCGACCGCGUGGCCAUCAAGCGCAUGAAGCUCGAGGCCGCGCGCCGCCAAACGAUGCUCGUCGGGCAACGCCCCAUCUCGGAAGACAUUCUCUUUGAGAAGCACGUCAACCGCGCGCUGAGCGCCGAUGGCGGCCACACCAACGUGCUGCGCAUGCGCGACGACUUUACGCAGGACGGCUACGAGCACUUUGUACUCGACUUUUGCGCUGGCGGCGAGCUCUACGACGUCGUGAGCAACGCGCCGGGCCAGCGCCUUGCGCUCCCGACCGCGACCGCCUUCUUUCGGCAGAUUGUCCGCGGCGUGGCCUUUAUGCACAGCCGCGGUUUUGCCCAUCGCGACCUCUCGCUCGAGAACGUCCUCGUCGACGGAACCGGCAUUUGCCACAUUUGCGACUUUGGCCUCGCGGCGAGCCUACCGAGCUUGCGCAAGGAAGCGGUCGGAAAGACGUUCUACAUGGCGCCCGAGGUGCUCGCGGGCCAGUCGUACGACCCGGCCAAAGCCGACAUGUGGUCGCUUGGCAUUAUGCUCUUCAUCAUGCUCGCGGGUAUCCCGCCCGUCGAAGUGGCCGCCGAGUCGGACAGCCGCUUCCGCGUCAUUCGCGCCAAGGGCGUCGUCAAGCUUCUCGAGCUCUGGAAGAUGACACACUUCUUUGAUGCGGACGCGCUGGACCUGCUGGGGCAGCUGCUGCACCCGGACGCUACUGCGCGGCUCUCGCUCGACGCCCUCCUCCACCACGCCUUUGUGGUCGAUCCCUCCGAGGCUAUUCUGCACAUUGCCGACAUCAAGAUCACAACAGGCGACGACCACAAGAUUGCUUCCGACGCCUCGACCAAGCGCGUGGGUCUUGCGUCGGCAGUCAUGCACCGCUUCAAGACCAUCCGCCGCCCGUCGUCGCGCAAGAUCACAGCCGCGCCAUUGGCAUCGAUCGCAGACGUGCCGACCGCGCUGAAAUGAGGCACUGUCGUGCACUGGCGUCUUCUGCAUGUGCUCGUCUUUGCGCGUUUGUGACCACUGUAUUUACCCGUAUUUUACUUAUUUAACAAAAAACUUAGUUUUCCAUGGAACCAGCACCAC